AUGGACGACGAGCAGGCGGCGCUCGUGUCGCAGAUCGCGCAGCUCAGCGGCGCGAUCGACCACCGCCGCGAUCAGAUGCGCGGCCGCGGCCGGGGGCGUGGCCGGGGGCGUGGCGCGGCGCGUGGCUCGCAGAACCGCUCGCUGGUCUUUACGCACGGGAGUGGCGCUGGCCAAGGCGAGGCACAGGACUGGGUCAAGCGGCGCUCGGCGACGAGCAUGGCGCUCGUGAACAAGGCGGUAUACGAUCCGUACGCGGCCGCAGCUGCGUCGAGUGCAAAAGAGCACACCUUCCGCCCGAAAAAGGACACGGUGCGCCGGGGCGACAAUAUGGGCGAAGUGCUCGUCGACGGCGUCGUCUUUGUCUUUGACGAGAGCGGCACCAAGCUCGUGAAGAAGUCCACCGCCGAGCCCCAGCCCAGUAGCUCGACGCCGCUGCAGACGUCGAUCAAGGGCGAGGCAUACAUCCGGACCAAGAACGGAAACCUGAUCAACAAGCAGCUCGUCGCCGACCGCCGCGCGGCGCGCGCCAACGCGGGCCGUGCCAAGCGCCUCGCGAAGCUCACCAAGAUGAUCACCAGCGUGCAGCGCGCACGCAAGCCGAAAGAGCUCUGUGCCUACUUUACUCGGACCGGCGCCUGCCGCCGGGGUGCCCAGUGCCCGUUUGUGCACGACGAGGCGAAACGCGCCUUGUGCCCGGGUGCGCUCAAGGCGACAGGCUGCACGAAUGCGCAGUGCCGCCUGCCGCACACGCCGACGGCCCACACCAUGCCGCACUGCGUCCACUAUCUGCGGAGCGGGCAGUGCCGCAACGGCGAGGCGUGCAAGUAUACCCAUGCGGACAUGGCGCCGGAUGCGCCGCUCUGCCGCGCGUUCCUGCGCCUCGGCUACUGCGAAAAAGGCGCCGAGUGCACCGAGCGCCACGCAAAAGAGUGUCCCGAGUUUGCGGAGCACGGCAAGUGCGAAAAUACGCACUGCCGCCUCGCGCACUCGGCGCGCGCCUCCGAGGCGCCGCCAGAUACGCUGUUUGUGCGCGACGACGCGGCUGCGCGUGACGAGCCGUUCGAAGUGGACCCUGCGCCGGAAGUUGUGCAUCCCCAGGGCAAGGGCGCCAAGGCUUUUGCAAAGCAAAACGACUUUAUCUCGCUCGACAGCCUCGGUGAGGCGGACGACAUGUCCGAGACCUCGUCGGUGUCGUCGUAUAUGACCGACGAAGGCGCGAGCGACCACGAAGUAGACCAGGGUUUGUAA